CACCAACCACGAGGCCAUACGUCCUCGCAUGUUCAAUGACUUGCUUAAGUUGUUCACUUCUCGUGAUAAACACCAAAAUCAAAUUAUGAGACUUACGCGCAUUAUUAUUUUGGGAAUUGCCAUCCUUGACAGCGCUAAAGCGUGCGAGACUGACGAUGAUUGUAGUCUCAAUGGUAUUUGCGGCGCGGCGCGCAUACAACCCAGAGGAUCCAAGGCUGGAGCAUACAACGCUACUAGAGAGUGCAAUUGUGAUCCCGGUUGGUUUGGCGAUGACUGUGGAAGACUAGACCUCGUGCCCGCGACAAGAGGAACUGGUUAUAACUGGACGACUGUCAAGAACGAUGGCGAUUUUGGCUCUUACGGCAACUCAUCAUGGUGUGGUGCGAUCAUCCAGGAUCCGAAGGAGAAGGGGCUGUUCCACAUUUUCACGUCCCAGUUUGCGCACGGGUGCGGCUUGUCCGGCUGGCGACCAUCGUCCUUCAUCGUGAGGGCGGAGUCGAGGACCGGGCCACAAGGACCGUACCACUACGCAGAUGCUAUCUCGAAGCCUUUUCGUCACAACACCUAUGCCUUCUACAGCCCCGCGGAUGAGAAGUACCUCCUCUACUCUAUCGGAGUCGAUGCACCGGAGGCAACGAAGUGCCAGUCGCUCUCAUACAAGCAGUGGCCAAACAACAUCUCCGUGUCCAGCGCAGAUGAUCCUCGUGGGCCAUGGACGCCGUUUGAGAUGAUUCUCAGCUCACUUGACCCUCAAUCCACGAACCCGGCGCCUUGGCCACUGUGGACUCCAGAAGACCCCACGAAUGAGAUCGCCUUGGGAAUCGAGGAUGAUGCAAUUUUUCUCGCCAGCCAGUGGAACGGCAGCUACGAGCUUCUCCAUACCCAACAUUGGAACACGAGUGAGUAUAGCCCGACGUGGACCGAAGAUCCAUUUCUCUGGCGUGACAAACGUGGCAACUGGCAUUUUCUCGCCCAUUAUAUGAUCGACCUCGUCGAACAUAGUGGGCAGCAAUGGCCUCGGGUUGGAGCCCACAUGUUUGCCAGGGACCUCACGGGUCCUUGGACAUUCAAGCAACAAGAGGCUUUCAACUCGUCGGUCAAUUUCACGGAUGGGUCAACACAAGUCUUCAAGCGCCGCGAGAGACCUAAGUUGUUCUUUAGUGAUGAUGGGGAAAUGAUACCCUUGUAUCUGGUCACGGGAGUACAAGAGAUGAAUAAGUCGGGUCCGAGUUACACGCUGGUGCAGCCGGUCGGAACGAAGUGGCAAGAGUUUGAGAAAGAAUUGGGCUUCUGAAAUAGCUAGCCCACCUCGAAGGAACCUGUUUAGUUUAUUGUCGGCGUGGCGACUUAGUCAGAGAGUAACGACACUCAGCCUACCAAGAGGUGAAGCCAUGCUGCUCCCGUGUCAUUAAGUUCUGCUUGGAAUAAUCAAUUCACUCGGAAUCUUUUCAUCAUGAGGUUGUGAUAGUCACACUUCAACUUGUACCACUUUGACGGAGGUACAAAAUGUAACUGAAAUCGAUGAGAGAACGAGUUCUGGGGCGAGCGGUUCGUCUUGUUGGCUUUAUUUCAGUUUAUAGACAAGACGUCUUCCUGAGGGUCACCAUGGCUUCACACACACGAUACAUGUUUUCUUUCUUUCUUUUGUAAUGACAACCUCGUCGAAUAGUG